CCCAUAAGUGCCACCUGUCAGUGCCCAUCAAUGCCACCUGUAAUGCCUAUCAAUGCCACAUACCAGUGCCCAUCAGUGCACAUCAAUGCCACAUAUCAGUGCCUACCAGUGCACAUCAAUGCCACAUAUCAGUGCCCAUCAGAGCUGCCUUUCAGUACCAACUAUCAGUGCCAGUCAGUGUCGCCUAUCAGUGCCUCCAAUCAGUGCCACCUAUCAGUGCCCUGCCACCUACCAGUACCUCCUCAUCAGUGCUCCCUAUCAGUGCCGCCUAUCAGUGCCCAUCACUGCAGCCUCAUAAGAGCACAUCAAUGAAGGAGAAAAGUUACUUAUUUACAAAAUUUUAUAA